CCAACUCGACAAUGGAUACUGAUACACUUAUCAAGUCCCAUCUUACACAGUAGGUACACAGGAGCCCCCAAAGGUGCAACUACGCAAUCCUCCGUACAACUCCACACACUUUUCAUCUGCGCUCAUCUUUCCCCGCGCUUUGGGAUGGCACAUCCCAAUCAUGAACUGCCAGAAAUGCCGUGCUCCGCUCAGGCUUGACAGCUCGCUGGAGGACCUGAAUCCGGCAGCAUACGACCUGCUCGUCGCUACCCAUUCGCAGCCAGCGCCCAGGAAGCCCUCCGCUCCUCGAACACUACAUUCCCUGGACCGCGCCCGGAAAGCGACGUAUGACCAGGCCGCGCGAAAUGCUUCCCAGCCGAUCUUCAAGCGACACAGCGGGCCCGGCAGGGGCGAGGGCCACCCGCGCGACAGCUCGGCCAUGUCUUUCAUCUUCUUGACCGAGUCGCAGAUAGCGCCGCCGAGCCUGCCUUCACAAAGGAGCCAGCAUGGGCCGGAUGCUUCUUCACCGGGGCCGCCUGGGGGCCAGGCCGGAACCGCGGAGGAGGACGACCAGCACGCGGACAAGUCGCACGAAAUGGAGCGCAUCACCAAGCUCUUCGAGAUUCUCUCGGCCCGCUCCGAUAUCGACCAUCCCGUGUGCGUCGAGUGCACCGAGCUCCUGGUAGAAGAGCUGCAGAAGAAGCUCGAGACGACAACGCGCGAGCGGGAUGCGUACAUUGCGUUUCUGAAGGAGCUGCAGGCCGGCGCGCCGACAGACGAGGAGCUGCGCGCGCGGGAGGAGGCGCUCGCGAAGGCCAGGCAAGCCGAGGCCGAGGCGCGCGAAGAGAUCCGCCAGCUCGAGCGAGAAAAAGAGGCGCUUGACGCCGAGCUCGACGCCCUCCAAGAAGAAUGCCGGAAGCUCGACGCCGAGGAAGAAGCCUUCUGGCGCGAGCGCAACGCCUUUGCCAGCCGGCUCGCCGACUUCCAGAACGAGCGCGACAGCGUCAACAGCAAGUUCGACCACGACUCGCGCCAGCUCGAGAAGCUGCAGCGCAGCAACGUCUACAACGACACGUUCUGCAUCAGCCACGACGGCACCUUCGCCACCAUCAACGGCCUGCGCCUGGGCCGCCUCUCGUCGCACCCGGUCGAGUGGCCCGAGAUCAACGCGGCCUGGGGCCACGCCCUCCUCCUGCUCGUGACGGUCGCCGACAAGCUCGGCUACCGCUUCCAGGGCUACGAGCCGCAGCCGAUGGGCUCGACGUCGCGCAUCAUCCGCUACGACCAGCCGUCGCCCUCGUCCAGCCGGCUGGGCGGGCUCGCCGGCGCGCGCGCCGCCCCGCCGCCCCCCGGCAAGCGCCACGUGCUCGAGCUCUUCUCGUCCGGCGACAUGCCGCUCGGCCUGACCUUCAUGCACCGCAAGUUCGACAACGCCAUGACCGCCUUCCUCGAGCUCGUCCGCCAGCUGGGCGCCCACGUGCACGCCCAGACCGCCGCCGAGGGCAACCCGCUGAGCCUCCCCUACCGCAUCGAGGGCGACAAGAUCGGCGACGUGAGCAUCCGCCUCGGCGUCGCCCAGGACGACGGCUGGACCAAGGCCUGCAAGCUCACCAUGACCUGCUGCAAGUUCUUGCUGGCCCACGCAAGUAACGUGAAUUCGGCCAACGGGAGGGGUGUUGCUUGAAACGGAGAAGGGUUGGUUCGGUACCCGCGCGGGGGUGGAAGGUUAGGAAGGAAGGGUCUCUGAAAGAAGCAAAUUGCGGGUUUCGGCGUGCGGCGUCAGGGAGGAGAUUCUGGAUGCCUAGGUUGUCAUUUCGGGGGGCGUCUGGUGAAGAACACAUUUCUGUCAGAGGGUU